AUGAACGAAGACGUAACUAAGGAAAAGCAAUCAAAUGCGUUAGAAUCUUCCUGGUUUAGAGACGCAUACGUUUCGGCACAGAAGUUUUAUGAGAAAGAUAGUGCGCUUGAUUCCAAGGAUCGAUUAGAGCUCUCUAAUUCAUAUCGAUCAAUUGCUCGAGCACAACUAUGGGGUGGAUGGCUUGGCUUUACAUCGGUCUUUUUGCCACCAUUUUUCUACAGAUUUUACAAAACCAAUACAAUAAGGGGCGUUAACGUACCUCGUAAUUUUGGGUUGGGUAUAAUAGCCAUGAUUCUGGCUACUAAAACUGCAGGCGAUGCUAUGUAUUCCCAAAUAUUAAAUAACCUGUCCUCAUAUGGCAUUAAUCCUACAGUGGAUAAAUAUGGGGAUGACCAGUUUGAUGAUUCGAUUCAGGCACCUAAAAGUAGCCAACAGAGGCAGUAUGAUAUGCUUACUCUGGUGAACAAUGGUGGGGCAAAUAAAUGGGCUGCUUACUUUUAUAUGACGUAUACUAAUCCGGACAGACGGUUUCCAAAUCCAGCGACAAAACUACAGCAACUGACUAAGGGCGAAGGUCAGAGGAGCUCGUUUUUGAAUCAAAGAGAUCCUAUGGGACUCUACACACGACUUUCUGAUGAAAAGAAAGAGGGCGUGCCGAAAAUUCAGCAAUCCCAAGGAAACGAAGCACCAUCCUCUUGGGACAAAGUUCGUCAAGAGUCGAAUUCUGAAGGCUCAUCUUGGAAUAGGGUGAGACAAGGGCUGAGCGGCAACGGAGAUAUUCCUGGUCCAGGCUCAGAUGGAAAAGCGCAAAAUAUGGAGGAUGAUCCAUUUUACACUCCUGACCAUCUUUCCCAAUCAGAGUUCGAUGCGCUUGUGCAAGAUGAACGGAAGGGUAAAGAUAAUUAUGAUUGA